UCAGGUGGGUGGGUCCUGUGGCCGAGGGGAAGAUGGCGGCAGCCGUGGUGCUUGCUGCCGGGCUCUGCGUAGUGCGCCGGGUAGUGGCGGUCGCGGGGCCGCGGGGGGCUCAGGUCCGAGGAGCUGCAGGUGUGACUGAUGGGAAUGAAGUAGCAAAGGCCCAGCAGGCUGCUCCUGGGGGAGCAGCCCCAACCAUCUUCUCUCGGAUCCUGGAUCGAAGCCUCCCAGCUGACAUUCUAUAUGAGGAUCAGCAGUGCCUGGUAUUCCGUGAUGUGGCCCCUCAGGCUCCUGUGCACUUUCUGGUCAUUCCUAAGAAGCCCAUUCCUCGGAUUAGCCAGGCUGAAGAAGAAGACCAACAGCUUCUAGGACACCUUCUCCUUGUGGCCAAGAAGACAGCAAAGGCUGAGGGGCUGGGAGAUGGAUACCGACUUGUGAUCAACGAUGGGAAGCUGGGUGCACAGUCUGUAUAUCACCUGCACAUUCAUGUACUUGGGGGCCGACAGCUCCACUGGCCUCCAGGUUGAACCUACUAAAUGAUCAAGGACCCUUGACCUGGAUGCUUGGAUGGGGUGGGGAGAAAAAGGUCCCUGUGAUGCUAAUAAACUUGUUCUUCUUCAA